GGCGAAGAACAUCCAGUGCUUUCGGUGCAGGAGCAACGCUUGUGGCGAUAUCUGGAGGGCCUUCCGGGUCGCGAGGGUCAAGUCGAUGUGUAUCUCUUUGACAUCGUCAACGACAUGUACAACCACAAGUGGGGCCACAGCGUGGGCAUAGACUUCACCAUGAAGAUCUGCGACCUGGUCCGUGCUGCAGGGCGACGAAUGGCUUGUAGCGAGGAGAUUGCCUGGAUCUCUUGCAUGAGCUGCGCCAUGCUGCGGUUGAUGCCUGAUGAAGAGAUGUUGAAGUUGAUGAUCGUGCAUAACGGCAGGCUGGGUGAGGCCGAGGGUGCCGUGGCCUGCGUCUCGAACUACGUCAUGCUGCGGAUUCCUUGCUUGGAGCGAGGGAACAGCCCGGUGGCGGACAUCUGUAGCCGCGUGAAGUACAUGGUGACGCAUGGGCACUUCAGUCGACCCAGAAGCACCGAGCAAGCACAUGCGCGUUUGAACAUCGGCGGCAUGAUUGGCACCGAUGGCAACUUCGUGCAACUCUUCAAGACGGGGCGGGGGAGGGAUCCAAGCUGGUCACGGGCGCCCUACGUCAUUCAGCUGCGGAUGGACAAUGAAGGCGGAAUUUGGUGCGUCAAAGACUUCAAGUGCCACGAGUUUCUGGACCCAACCACCUUCUGGAGAGCUGCGGUGGCUGCGGCGCAAGAGAUCGCUGAAGGAAACUUCACCACGCCUGUGGCUCCCGUGGCGGCCUGAAUCCUUGACCAAAAAAAGCGGCUGAGAAAACAGUUGAUUGUUUCUGG